CAUUGGUUGGUUAUUAAAUAAAAGGUAAAAGAAGUGGGCCAAUCUACUAUUUGGACUUACGGAGGGAGUAAUAAAUUUGUUAGGUAGGUAGAUAUUAAUGAUGAAGAUAAAGGAAAGUCACAGUUAGUUAGUGCAUGUACUUAUUAUUAAGUUGAAAACAUAUUAAUUAGUGGAAGUACAGAGGGAUAAUUUCCACUCAAUGUUUCCUUUUCAACAAGUCAAUGAUAAUGAUAACCACCAGCUCCUUUAUCUGCCAACAAACACCAAUUCUUCUUCUUUUCUAAAUUAUCAAGACACCACCCAUGUCCAAGAUCUUAUUACGGAUCUUGCUCCAUUCGAUUCAUUAUUGGAAGUGGACACAAAUUACUAUAACUUGACCAACACCAGAAAUAUCAAGAGGAAGAGCAAAAACAUUCCAAAAAGAAUUCUAGGAACUCAACUGUGCAAAUUUUAAUCGUUCAAAGGCUCUACGCAAAGGGAAGGCAUUAGUUUGAUUGUUUGUGGCACUCGUUCGGCAUUGAGAGUACGAUCCAGGUUCCAGUUCUACACCCCGUGGCUGAUACGCGAGGGUGACAUCUUCAGUCAUUCAGGAUGGUGAGGACGCGAUCAACCGCUACUGGAGGCCAGGAGUCUGUACCUGCACCUGCACCUACACCCGCACUUGCAUCCAUACCCGUUGCCCGAGCAGCUGUCCGUGGGCGAGGUAGAGGACGAGGCAGGGGCAGAGGCCGUGCAGCUAAUCCAAAUAGGAGCCAAGCACCAGCAUCUGCUCAGGACCCUGACAGAGAUUUAACUCGGGAGCUUGACGACAUUCCGGGAGAGGAGAUUAGGGCUGCUGAGGCACAGCUUGGGGUCGCAGCUACUCCUGAUUUUCAGGAGGCUGUGCUUCGAGUGUUGGGGUACUUUGACAGUUUGGCUCAGGUGGGCAUGAUUCCAGUUUCUCCAGAUGGAUCGCAGCCUAAAGUGGGAGGUCAUACUCCCGAUGCUACGGUUGCUCCAGGAUUUCGGACAUCGAGGGUAUUACCGGCUGCAGCAGUGGCUCCCCGUAUUGAUGCCGCUCCAGCGCUUGAUUUUGCUCCAAGGCUUAUGGAUGGGCCAGUGUUGACCAGCGAGGAGCGAAAAUAUUUCGAGGGAUUUACCAAAAUGUCUCCUCCUUGGUUCCAUGGCACUCCCAGGGAGGAUGCGUAUGAGUUUAUCGUUAGCUGCCAUGAGAUGCUUCAUAAGUUGGGUCUAGUGGAGUCUCACGGGGUCGAUUAUGUUUCUUUCCAGUUAGUUGGGGAUGCCAAGCAGUGGUGGAGAUCGUACAUGGAGUGUCGACCAGUUGGCUUGCAACCUUUGACCUGGACCCAGUUCUACCAGGUGUUUCUGGAGAAGUAUGUCCCUCGUACUCUGAGAGACAACAGGAAGGAUGAGUUUUCAACAUUGGAGCAACGGGGUAGGUCGGUUGCGGAGUAUGAGACCAGAUUUCUCGCUUUGUCCCGUUAUGCGACGGCAUUACUUCCCACAGAGGCUGAGAGAGUGAGGAGAUUUGUGAAGGGUUUGGACCUUCCGCUUCGGCUGGCGACCUUACAGUUAGAGGCCUCUGGGGCCUCAUUUCAGUCAGUAGUAGAGCAUGCCAGGAGGGUUGAGUCAGAGAUGGGUCGGGCACAUAGUGGGGGUGGCGACAAGAAAGCUCGUGGAUUUGAUUGUUUCAGAGGUCCUAUUAGAGGUGGGGGACGCCUUGACAGGGUUUGUCAUCAUCCCUACAGCCGCCCCAUCCAGUCAUCACUACAGGCUUUGGCAGGUGGUUCUUCAGGUUAUAGCGGGCAUAAUUCUGAGCAGACUUCCCGAGGUUCUUACUCUCGACCUUCAGACCGCGGAGGGUAUUCUGGUUCUUCUAUGACAGUUCAGCAGCCUACAGCCAGAGGAGCAUGUUUUGAGUGUGGUGAGACAGGGCAUUUCGCGAGAGAGAGUCCUAGAUCCAGGCAAGGUUCUAGAGUUCAGAUAUCUAGGCCUCCAGCACCGCCAGCUAGAGGAGGAGGAUAUUCUGGUAGAGGGGGUUCGCAGUCUGGCAGGGGUGGCCAUCAACCUAGCAGAGGUGGUCAUCAGUCGAGUAGGGGCAGCACUCAGUCAGUAAGAGGAGGAUCUCAGGCAGGCCAUGGUAGUCGUGGAGGCACACAGUCCGAGGGUGGACGUACUCAUUUCUAUGCAUUUCCGGGUAGACUAGAGGCCGAGGCCUCUGAUGCGGUUAUCACAGAUUUUAAUCGUUCAGAGGCUCUACGCAAAGGGAAGGCAUUAGUUUGAUUGUUCGUGGCACUCGUUCGGCAUUGAGAGUACGAUCCAGGUUCCAGUUCUACACCCCGUGGCUGAUACGCGAGGGUGACAUCUUCAGUCAUUCAGGGUGAGCUACUUGGUCAUUCGUGGCCCCUGAAGGACCUCCUCUAUUUAUUUCGGUUCUUGUAUUCUACAGACAAAAUGUAGCCUUCGGGUAUUUUCAGACUUCUAUUCCGUACUAUGUUAGCGCUCUUGUACCCUUUGACCAGAUUUUGGGGUUGUCGUGACAUUUCUAAUUAUGAUAAGCAUUUAAGACUUGAUAA